CCCAAAGCCCAUCCCUCUCUGUCUCUUCUUCCUCAAUUCCUAAUCUCUCUCUCUCUCAAAGGUUUGAUUUUUUUUAUUGAAGACAAAGAAAGAAGAGAGAUUUGAGAAUUGGGUUUCAAUGGCGGUUUCAAGUGCUUUCGUUGGUUGUCCAAAGCUUGAGACUUUAUUGAAUCACCAUACUCUAUCUUCUUCUUCUUCUUCUUCGUCUUUGUCCUCUGUUUCACAGACAACAUUGGGUCUUAAUGGAGUUCGUGCUCUUCCAAGGAACAAUAGAACCAGACGUGGUUUGAUUCAGAGAGCUCGUUGUGAGCUUGAUUCUGCUUCGUCUAAUGCAGCUAGCGUCUCUGCCCUUGAACAACUCAAGAACUCUGCAGCUGAUAGAUAUACAAAGGAGAGAAGCAGUAUUGUGGUGAUUGGACUUAGCAUUCACACAGCUCCUGUCGAGAUGCGUGAGAAGCUUGCUAUACCAGAAGCUGAAUGGCCAAGAGCUAUUGCUGAACUGUGCGGUUUGAAUCAUAUCGAAGAAGCUGCUGUGCUUAGUACCUGUAACCGUAUGGAGAUUUAUGUUUUAGCUUUGUCUCAGCAUCGUGGAGUUAAAGAAGUUACUGAAUGGAUGUCAAAGACGAGUGGGAUCCCUGUUUCGGAGAUUUGUCAACACCGUUUUCUGUUGUACAACAAGGAUGCUACACAGCAUAUAUUUGAAGUCUCAGCUGGACUUGACUCUCUUGUCCUUGGAGAAGGUCAGAUCCUUGCACAGGUGAAGCAAGUUGUGAAAGUUGGUCAAGGAGUAAAUGGCUUUGGGAGGAAUAUCAGCGGGCUGUUUAAACACGCGAUAACUGUUGGGAAGCGUGUCAGAACAGAGACAAACAUUGCUUCUGGUGCGGUUUCAGUUAGCUCAGCUGCUGUUGAACUUGCUCUGAUGAAGCUUCCGCAGUCUUCACACGCAUCCGCUAGGAUGUGUGUAGUUGGCGCAGGUAAAAUGGGGAAGCUUGUGAUAAAGCAUUUGAUGGCCAAGGGUUGUGCAAAAGUGGUGGUGGUCAACAGAAGUGAAGAGAGAGUUUCAGCUAUUCGUGAGGAGAUGCCGGGUAUUGAGGUUAUAUAUCGACCUCUUGAUGAGAUGCUAGCUUGUGCUGCAGAAGCGGAUGUUGUGUUUACCAGCACAGCCUCUGAGACGCCAUUGUUCUUUAAGGAGAAUGUAGAGAAUCUCCCUCAAGCUUGUCCAGAGGUUGGAGGACUGAGGCUUUUUGUUGACAUUUCUGUUCCAAGAAAUGUCGGAUCUUGUGUUAAUGAAGUUGAAACCGCACGGGUUUACAAUGUGGACGAUCUCAAAGAAGUUGUUGCAGCCAACAAAGAAGACAGGUUGAGAAAAGCAAUGGAAGCUCAAACCAUAAUCACAGAGGAGUCAACACAGUUUGAAGCAUGGAGGGAUUCAUUGGAGACUGUUCCAACCAUCAAGAAGUUAAGAGCUUAUGCAGAGAGAAUCAGAGUGGCUGAACUCGAGAAGUGCAUGUCCAAAAUGGGAGAUGACCUCAACAAGAAAACAACAAGAGCUGUUGAUGACUUAAGCCGAGGUAUCGUGAAUAGAUUCUUGCACGGUCCAAUGCAACAUUUGAGAUGUGAUGGGAGUGACAGUAGAACGCUAAGCGAGACACUUGAGAAUAUGCAUGCUUUGAACAGAAUGUACGGGCUUGAGAAAGACAUUUUGGAAGAAAAGAUUAAGGCAAUGGUGGGACAACAACAACAGAAGUAAAAGAGAGGAAGAAGAGGAAGAAAAUGUUCAUCUCUUUUGACAGACGAGACAAGAUUAGCUUCCCGCAAACCCGAGUAAAUUGCAUAGAUCCUAAAGAUUGCAUGGAUCUAUUUGAUUCAUUUAAUUUGUGUGCAAGAGACUAACAUAUCUAUUGUCAAGUGUAAGUGUUGUGAAGCUAAAGCGAGCUUGUUGCAUUUGUUUUUGCUUCAGAGACUCGAAGUGUAACAGUAUUGAUCCAAGUACCGUUACAUAUUUGUAAUAAUGUAUAAACUUUUGGUUCUUGUGGUAUAGAGACAUGUUUUUUCUUGUCUUA